CGGCGCACACCUCGUCGUCCAUAUGGGUACACGUCCCUAGGGGCUUCCAGAUCCUUCGACGCAUUACUAUCCUACUUCUUUGCCUGCCAAUCGGCACCCCGAACGAAUCCCUAGUGUAACGCAGCCAAACGGACGGCCUUAUAGUCCUGAUUCGCCAGGGUAUCUCGAGUCAGGCCUGAUACUGAUUGGGUCGACCGAGGAGACGUUUGCCAGUGCGCCAACCGUUCCUCUUACGACGGGCCUCAAACGACGUGCAGCGGGUCCGACGUGGCUGACUGUGGGAUUCGGGGCUAAUACAUGUCGGCUCUGACAGAAAAGGAAGACAGAUCGUCGGGGGACCAUCCCGCCUGGCAGGCUAGAAGCGGCCCCUUGGAAACUCUCAAGAAGCCUGGCCCGUCUAGGCAAAGCAAGGCCAAGAAAAGCAGGGCUGUCUUUGGGGUUGUAUACGCCAGUCUCGUACGUCAUCGCUUGCGGGCUCAAUCAAGCGAAUGCACACACAGCCCCCGCCGACAGCAUGCCACUCCACGAUCUGGUCGGGCGCGGUUCGCCAACGUCUCGAAUCUCGAUGCUCGAAUUCGGGUGAAUCAUCACCAGUCUGUUGGUGCCGUGCCGUGCCGUGCCGUGCCGUGCCGUGCUGAGCUAUGCUCUGCUAUACCGUCUGUCGACGACGCUUGCAGAGCUAUGCGUCGUGUCCGGCGAGCAUUCGAGCGGACCCUGUCGGGACUCUCUCUACAAACGUCUCAAAGGGGUGGCACAGAGAGCAAGCGUGUUGUGUGGUCUAGUCCGAGGGCGGGGAUUCGCCAGGUCGUCGACUGACAUGCAAGUCACCGGCGUCCUGGGAUUGUCACACAGGGGACGUCC